AUGCCUCCCAAAGCUGCCGACAAGAAGCCCGCUGCCUCCAAGGCCCCCGUUGCCUCCAAGGCUCCCGAGAAGAAGGAUGCCGGCAAGAAGACUGCUUCCACUGGCGAGAAGAAGAAGCGAACCAAGGCGCGCAAGGAGACAUACUCCUCUUACAUCUACAAGGUUCUCAAGCAGGUCCACCCUGACACUGGUAUCUCUAACCGUGCCAUGAGCAUCCUCAACUCUUUCGUCAACGACAUCUUUGAGCGUGUCGCCACAGAGGCCUCCAAGCUGGCCGCAUACAACAAGAAGAGCACCAUCUCUUCCCGUGAAAUCCAGACCUCAGUCCGCCUGAUCCUCCCCGGUGAAUUGGCCAAGCACGCUGUAUCGGAAGGUACUAAGGCAGUCACCAAGUACUCCUCAUCAACGAAAUAA